GUUAACCUUUGUGUGAUGAGGAAAGACAUUAUUUUGAAUAUGGUGAAGGAAGGAGGCACAAGAGUACCAAGCAUUGAAACAGGACAUUUUCAGGACCAGUGUGAGUAUGGAAGUUACAGUCCUGAUAACAAUUGUAAUUCCACUUCAAUCUCGACCAGGGAGUCUUCUCCAGAUUAUAGACUGGAGAUAAUGUCUGUAUGUACAAGUGCUUCCUUAUCUCCAAUACCUCCAUUAUCCCCCUCUCCCCCCGACUCACCCUCCAGAAAAACCCCGGUCUCUGCUGAUUCUCCUUUACUCUCUAAGGCCCCCACGGAUCCUGCUAGGAGGAGAUUAAAGAGUUUUACGAAGACUCUGAGAAGAGCGCGAAGCUUCCGAGCUUCGAGAGAGAAAUCUGUUGAUACGGUUGGUUGUGAUAUAUUGAAUCUGUCAGGACAAGAGGUGACUUUCAUCAUCAAGAAAUCUGUAUCAGGAAGAAUUGGUUGGAAGAUAAUGCCGGUAGAUGAGAAUCUGAAUCUGCGGAUGAAUGCCAAUGUGUUAGAGCAGGUUAUGAAUAGAAUCAGGGAUCUACAGUUUUCCGGGCAGGUUGUCCCAGACAAGAUGUCUCUCUUGAUACAGUGAAAUCCGAGAAAUAUUUACUAAUUGAUUCUUUAGAUAGAAAAAUUGGGUUAUUCCCCCCCCCCC